GAACAGAGCACAUAGGCUUACCAUGGGGAAAGGAUCUACCAUUGUCAUCAAACUUGGUACUUCAUCACUUGUUGAUGAGGUGACCAAGGAACCAAGACUUGCUACUAUGUCGCUCAUAGUGGAGACAGUGGUAAAGCUUCGCAGAGCCGGCCAUAGGGUGGUGAUUGUCUCAUCUGGUGGUAUUGCAGUUGGGUUGAAAACCAUGGGCCUUGACAGGCGCCCUAAGAAGUUAGCACAGGUUCAAGCACUUGCAGCAAUUGGCCAGUCAAAACUUAUAGGCAGAUGGGACUCGCUGUUUGCCCAAUUGGGACAGAGAAUCGCCCAAAUCCUCAUCACGAGAAAUGACAUCUCAGAUUGGACACAGUAUAAGAACGCACAAAACACCAUGCAGGAACUUUUAGAUAUGGGUGUUGUUCCAAUUGUGAAUGAAAACGACACGUUGAGUGUUGCAGAGAUCAAGUUUGGAGAUAACGACACUCUUAGUGCGAUCACGUCCGCACUGAUCAAAGCCGACUACCUUUUCCUCAUGACUGACGUUGAUUGUCUGUACACUGCCAAUCCAAGAACUGACCCACUUGCCAAACCUAUUCUGAUAGUGGAUGAUAUGAGUGCUUUGAAUGUGGACACGAGCUCAUCGGGCAGUGAUGUUGGUACUGGAGGCAUGACAACAAAGCUCAUCGCUGCUGACCUGGCCACUGAGGCUGGUACCACCAUGAUUAUUAUGAAGUCAGAGAGACCAGAGAACCUUUGGAAAAUCGUGGAAUACAUUUCAAACAGCGAUGAUGAUGUCCUUAAUGGACUGACCAUCGAGGACCGUCAGGUGAAGGAAUUGGAAAAGCUGAAAGCAAACGACGUUCCUUUACACACCAGGUUCAUCGGAUAUAAACAGCACGUGAAGAACCGUGAAUUCUGGAUGCUUCAUGGAUUGCAUUCACAUGGUGCACUCAUCAUUGAUCAAGGUGCACACCAGGCCUUGACCCGUACGAAUAAAGCCGGCCUUCUACCAGUGGGUAUCAUUGGUGUGGUUGGUCAUUUCCACGAGCAUGAAUGCGUUGCUCUUAAGGCUGGGUUCCGUAGUCCAGAUGGGUCUUGGGACUCCACAAGACCUGUUACUGAAAUAGGAAGGGCAAGAGUCAACUACGGCUCUGUUGACAUUGAGAAGAUCAAGGGACGUCAAAGUCAUGAGAUUGAAGACAUAUUGGGAUACCAUGAUUCUGAAUACAUUGCACAUAGAGAUAAUUUGGCGUUCCCACCAAGUGUACUGGAGAAGAGCCAAUCCAGUCUCAACCUUGUUCAUAACGAUAUAUGAUUAGAAUGAGCAUCAAUUACUUUAUAAACAGAACCAAUUUC